AUGCCUGCGCCACUCAUAUCAGGGACGCCUCCACCACGCCCUCAACCUCAUCUAGAUGCCUCUCACGCUGCUCUCUGCCAAAAUAAAGGUACACCCGCUUCCCAUCUACCUGCUCCCACUACUCGGAUAUCAAAGUCGCGUCGGCACUCGCUUCCACUCCUGACCUUUCCGCCUGUCGCGCAGCCAAACACCUCUAGCAUCUCACUCAUACCCUCCACUGCAGAGGGGAAACCAGUCCCUCUUGACGACUCUUCGACUGCGGGACGAACCAUUGCACUGCGACAACUGAACCGCUCGCAGCCGUCGUCAAGGCAUCGCUAUUCAAAGAGUGGUGGUGCGCCCAGCGCUACCACGACAACGACGACGGGGACGCACUCGCAGCCAGUCAUAGUGCGGACGUACUCGGGUCCUCCUCCCUCUUCAGCUGGCAGUCGCCCUGCUAGUCGCAGGAUACCUUUGUCUACCGUUUCGGUCGCCUCAAGCGUUUCCAGUUGGCGCCCAGGUCGCAAUGGCAUGGUAUUGAGCAUGGCUCGGAAUAAGGGCCAAAAGAAGGUCCAUCAGCGUGCGGAUGACCCCAAGCUUCCUCCGCUGGAGGCUUUUAGUUUCAAGAGUAUCAUGGCCGACAUACAGCAGGACAUUGGCGCCGACCUGGACAGGAUUGCUGAAAUAUGUGCCAGAUCCAAGUAUUCUCUAAGCAACCAAUAUGAAGUGCAUGUUGCACCACAUGGUUCUGGGGCUAGUUUUGUGACCUCGGUAGCAUCGUCCUCGCGUCACCAUGGUCCCACUUUGCAAGCAAUAUCAAGCGACGAUGAGAGCAAUAGUCGACACAGGAAACGUCGCAGUGGCAUACGCAGAAGAAGUGCAGCGUACGGCACAUUGGAAACCAUCAUGAGUUCCAGUCGCUCAUCAGAAGAAGACAAGAGCAAGAAAAAGUCGGCACAAGAACUGACCGCCGAGGUGCGAGGACGAGCAGCCAGACAUCACAAAGCUGAUAGCGGGUCUUCCUCUAGUUGCACUGGAGAUUCAAAUGAGCAACAGAAGCAGGUUGCUCGAAAGAAGUCUGCCUCCUUUGCCACGGCGAUGAUGGACAAUACCCGCCAGCACAGUCAGGGCGAAACCACAUCACCACGGGCUUCGGGGACAGCUCUAGUUGGCCAACCUGCCAAGCCCAAGACGUCAAAAAGUCAUCUGGAAAUUCGGACUACGCAAGAAGAGCUGUCGGAGAACUACACACAUGAGCCAUCCCGAGAACCUUCGCACCCCACAGUAUCAGACUCUGUAGCAAAUGCUGCAAUCUCAAGACCGGACGAGCCCAGAAACUCUUCCAGUCUACUUUCCGGAAUCAGUCACUGGAUCCCGUGGCGAGGUACCAACUCGACAAUAGAAGCUGCCUCGUCGGCCCGGAAGCGCAGUAAAGCAAAAAGUUAUGCAGAAGGUAGUCUGCGGGAAUUGUUGAAGGGUGCUGAUCUAGAUUCAGGGUUAAGUGUUGAUCUAAAGGGUAAGAGUGCUAGGCGUUGA